ACACGUCACUUGGAAUGAUAAUCAUGAUUUUGUGUUGACAUCGUUGAGAAACUAAUAAAUAUGUAGCAAAUAUCUUUCAUGCAGACUUUAUAUAAUUAGUAAUUCAGACAGGCACUAGGACAUAAUUUUGUCUUCAAAAGUUUUGGUACCAACCAAAAUGAGUCCUCCAAAUCGAAUUUAUAUUGUCCAGGGAGAGAUCUCCCUGGUGGUGACAGCUAUGAAACGCUCAUCCAGGUGGAAUUCACAUAGUAUUGCUGAUGAAGAUGGAGAUCCUCUGUUGUCUGCCUUUUCACAACUUAAAGAGUUAUUAAAUAAUGCUCAUGAUUUAGAUGAACUAGAACCAAAUGCUUUCUUAGGUCCAUUCCUUGAGGUGAUCAGAUCAGAAGAUACAACUGGUCCAAUAACAGGAUUAGCAUUGACUUCUGUAAAUAAAUUCCUCUCAUACGGUCUUGUUGAUCCCCAUUGUGAUUUAUCACCGGCUGCUAUAGAGAAUACAGCUGAUGCUGUAACACAUGCUAGAUUUGUUGGUACUGAUCCCAAUUCAGAUGAAGUUGUACUCAUGAAAAUAUUAUAUGUAUUAAGAACUUUAUUACUCUGUCCAGCAGGAAUAUUGUUAACCAAUGAAUCAGUGUGUGAAAUAAUGCAGUCAUGUUUUAGAAUCUGUUUUGAAAUGAGACUCUCAGAAUUUUUGAGAAAGUCUGCAGAACAUACUUUAAUGGAUAUGGUACAGCUUUUAUUUACAAGAUUACCUGUAUUUAAAGAAGAUCCUAAAUGGAGUGCUACCAUGAAAAAGGUACCGUUAAAGAUGCGUGCCGGUAGUGUAGAUCCAUCAAGGAUGGGUAAAAGAAAACGAUCACCUAAACCGCGGGUUAAAAGAUCACAAGUACCAUCCCAAACUGUAGAUAGUUCUAAAACCGAGACACUGGUGGAAGAAAGUGGUGAACAGAACUCCGAUGGAAGUCAGAUUCCUGAAUCGACAGGGUUUGAGUAUGUUACAUCUGAUAGAAUAGCUACUACACCAGUAGCAUCAGAUGAGGGUGUUAUUGAUAUAACAAAAAGUUUUCAGGCAGCAAGUAUAGCUGAAGAAGCACAAGAUAAUCUAGCUGAAACACAAGAAACAGAAAAUCGACAGACUGGUGAAGAAAUAGAUGACAAAGAAUCUAUGUAUAUAGAUACAGAUAAAAAACAUGAUACACCUAUAGUAACAUUAACAGCACCACCUGAUGAUAACUUAAAGACGGCAUCCAGUGAAACAGAACUGAGUGUAGCAUCUGAAAAUUUUGAUGACAAUGAAUCAAUUAAUUCAGUAGAUAAUUCUGUACAUGAUGGUGAUUUUGUUAAUCCAAGAGGUAUUAGAUUUACACAACCACAUUAUCAUCAUAAAGAAGGGUCUGGUCCAUUAAUACCAUAUGGUUUACCAUGUGUCCGUGAACUUCUGCGAUUUGUUGUAUCUUUGUGUAAUCCUAUCGACCGCCAUAAUACAGAUGUGAUGAUCCACAUGGGUUUAAGUUUAUUAACAGUAGCACUAGAAGUAGGAGCUGAUCAUAUUAGUUCCUUUAAUUCACUAUUAUAUCUCAUUAAAGAUGAUACUUGUAAAAAUCUGUUUAUGAUUUUAUCAAUGGAGAGGCUGUCGUUAUUUGCUGCAUCUUUACGAGUUUGUUUUCUCCUCUUCGAAUCCAUGAGAGGUCAUCUUAAAUUCCAAUUAGAGAUAUUCCUUACAAAAUUAUGUGAUAUUAUAGUAUCGGAGGCUCCUAAAGUGUCCUAUGAAACACGAGAAGUGGCAUUAGAGUGGUUAGUACAGUUAUGGAGAAUUCCAGGUCUAGUAACAGAACUGUACCUUAAUUAUGACUGUGAUCUCUAUUGCUCAAACCUAUUAGAUGAUAUAACCAAAUUAAUUUCUAAAAAUGCAUUUCCAGUAUCCGGUUUAUAUACAACUCAUCUGUUGUCAUUAGAUGCUCUGUUAACUAUGGUAGAUAGUAUAGAACAACAUUGUCAUAGUAGAAUCAUCAGUUCCAAUAAAACAUUUACUAAUAAUACAGAUAAACCUGAUGAUACUGAUGAUAAAACAAAUUUCGAAGUUCCUACUAAUACAGACAGUGAUAUUAAUAAUGAUGUUAAUCAAACAGGUCCACCAUGUACUGGUUAUGGUAUGGCUCAGUUACUAAGGAAAAUAGAUAUUUUUAAAGAUCAAACGAAACCUAAGGAUUCUCGGAAAGGUCCUCAAAUUAAACCAAAUAGAAUGAAGAUAGCUCCAAGAAUCAACACCUCACAAGAACUGGCAGCUUUAAAACAAAAGAAAAGAAUUUACCAUCUAGGUACAGAACAGUUUAAUAUAAAGCCAUCUAAAGGCAUAGCUUAUUUACAAGAACAAGGUUUAUUAAAGACACCUUUAGAUAUAGGUGAAAUAGUUACCUUCCUUCGCGAGAAUCCUAAACUAGAUAAAAAGAUGAUUGGUGAAUAUAUUUGUAAUAGAAAGAAUGCAGCUGUACUGAAAGCAUAUGUCAAAUCAUUUAAUUUUGAAGAUUUACGAGUAGAUGAAUCGUUACGUCAAUAUCUAGAAGCUUUCCGUCUGCCCGGUGAAGCUCCAGUUAUUUCGUAUCUUAUGGAACAUUUUGCAGAACAUUGGUCGUUAUCAAAUGGUGAACCGUUUGCUAAUGUUGAUUCAGCUUUUACCUUGGCAUAUGCUAUAAUUAUGUUAAAUGUAGAUCAACACAAUCAUAAUGUUAAAAAACAGAACACACCUAUGGUAUUUGCUGAAUUUAAGAAGAAUUUAUCAAAAACUAAUGGUGGGGAAGAUUUUGAUGAAGAUAUGUUAGAAGAAAUCUAUAAUGCUAUCAGAAAUGAUGAGAUUGUAAUGCCAUCAGAACAUACAGGUUUAGUGAAAGAAAAUUAUUAUUGGAAGCAAUCUUUACGAAGAGGUGCUACUAAAGAAGGUGUAUUUUUACAUGCACCUACAGGCAUGUUAGAUCAUGAAAUAUUUUCAUUAAUAUGGGGACCAACAGUUGCUGCUCUGUCAUUUGUGUUUGAUAAAAGUGGAGAUGAAGCUAUAAUAAACAGAGCUAUAUCUGGCUUUAGAAAAUGUGCAAUGAUUUCAGCUCAUUAUGGUAUCAGUGAUGUAUUUGAUAAUUUAGGAAUAUCUUUGUGUAAAUUUACAACAUUAUUAAGCUCGGCUGAGGCUCCAGAAAAUAUUCCUACAUCGUUUGGUAGUAAUUUUAAGGCUCAGUUAGCUGCUAGAACUGUAUUUGCACUGGCUCAUAGGCAUGGUGAUAUAUUACGUGAAGGCUGGAAGAAUAUAGUAGAUUGUAUGUUACAGUUAUAUAGAGCUAAAUUAUUACCACAGAGUAUGAUAGAGGUAGAAGAUUUUGCGGAUGCGUCUGGUAAAAUAUGUAUAGUUAGAGAAGAUAAUACAGCCAACCAAAGGUCUGAUGCUGGUGUAUUUAGUAGCUUCUAUUCAUACUUUUCGUUGUCUGAAUCUUCCAAUCAGAAAGGUCCAACACCAGAAGAACAAGAUGCCGCAAAACAAGCACAGCAAUGUAUAGAAGCUUGUCAUCUAGAUAUGUUGAUUAUGGACAGUAAAUUCCUAAGAGAGGAAUCCUUACAAGAACUGGUGAAGGCUUUAAUAGUAGCAUGUCAAGGUAAUGAAGAUCAGGCAGCUUUAACUGGUCAUUAUGAUGAAGAUGCUUCCGUGUUUUUUUUAGAGCUUCUAAUAAAAACAGUUUUACAGAACAGAGAUAGAGUGAACCUUAUAUGGCAGGCUGUACGAGAUCAUCUGUGGAAUAUAAUUGUGAAUGCGAAUGAACAUUCAUUUCUUGUGGAACGUGCAGUUGUAGGCUUGUUAAGAUUAGCUAUUAGAUUGUUAAGACGAGAAGAAGUGGCAUCAGAGGUUUUAACCUCACUCGGGAUGUUGUUAAUGAUGAAGCCAGAAGUAAUUCACAAUAUUAGUUGUCAAAUAGCGUUUGGUUUACAUGAUUUAUUACGGACUAAUGCAGCUAAUAUACACUCUAGUCAUGACUGGUAUACGUUAUUUAUGACAUUAGAAGUUGUAGGCGCUGGUGCUAAUCCUCCACCAUUAAUGCAGGUUCGCUCUGGUAUCAAUGUUAGAGAAUCAUUGUAUGAUGCUGGUGCUCAGAGUGAUAGUGAAGUACAGUGUAAUAAUGGCCAUAAUGAAACUAAUGAUAGAGGUUAUACAUCAGAUGGUGAGUUAUAUGAAACGCAGAAUAAAAGAGUUGGUUCUUCUUCACCAGAAUUACAACUACAACUUAGACCUGUACCAGAUAAUGGUAGUUGGCUUUUGGUAAAUAAAGAAGACCCACCAUCAGGAGCUCAACUGAAGAAAUUAAACCAGUUUUCCAUAGACCUCAAUGAAACUCUCCAUUAUUGUGACAGUAAAGCAUUAUUAAAGUCUUCAGAAACUCUUUCCUUUCUGGUGCGUGAUGCAGCUCAUAUAACUCCUCAUAAUUUUGAGAGCUGUGUACAUGCUAUUAGAGCAUUUGUUGAGGCCAGUUUAAAUGGAGGACAUUUGAAAACACCAACCCGGCAAGUACAGAAGGAAAAGAAAGCUCAUCAUAAAUUAAGUCGUUCCAAAAAAGAUCACAAUAAAAUGAAGAAAUCAAUGUCAUCACCAGGUGUAUCAUUAGUUGGUAAUUCUGAUGAUGAAGGUGAAGGAGAGGGAAGUUCUGUAGGACUACCAUCUUUAUCGAUACAAUUAUUAGACUUGAUGCAUACAUUACAUACACGGGCAGCUUCCAUAUUUAGUUCAUGGGCAGAAGAAGAUAGUGCACGAAUAGAUGCUGGUACAAGUUCAUUGUGGGCUAAAUGCUGGUGUCCUUUAUUACAAGGUAUAGCACGAUUGUGUUGUGAUUCAAGAAAACAAGUAAGAAGUCAAGCCUUAACUUAUUUACAACGAGCUCUAUUAGUUCAUGAUCUACAGACAUUGUCAGCUGUAGAAUGGGAAGCUUGCUUUAAUAAGGUAUUGUUUCCAUUAUUGACAAAACUGUUAGAAAAUAUUAACCCACAAGAUCCUAGUGGUAUGGAAGAAACUAGAAUGAGAGCUUCUACUCUUCUUUGUAAGGUUUUCUUACAACAUCUAAGUCCACUCUUAUCACUGACAACAUUUACAGCUCUAUGGUUAACUAUACUAGACUUCAAUGAGAAAUAUAUGCAUGUUGAUCGUAGUGAUCUAUUGUCAGAAGCUAUUCCUGAAUCAUUAAAGAACAUGUUAUUAGUGAUGGAAACAGCCAGUAUAUUUCACACACCCGAUGGCGUGGAAACAAACUUGUGGAGACUUACAUGGGAUAAGAUUGAUACAUUUUUACCUCAUUUAAAAGAAGAGCUUUUCAAGCCAGAACCGAAGACAAAAGAUAUGGAACGUACAGAAACGAGCAGUAAUAAUAAUAGUAGUGUAAAUAAAUCUAGUACAGUAGAAAAGCAACAGCCAUUACCAGAUGUACCACUAGAAGGUAUUACAGUUAUAAAAGAUGAAGGUUCUCAGUCACCAGCUAGAGCCAGUAGUCCACUCAUGUCACAAGAACCAACGACUGGAUCAGCUUAUAUAUUACAUCCACCUUUACCAACAGUUACAUCUAUAGGUGUUCCUAAAACAACAAUUAAUAGUAGUAAGCACCCUCCCAUACUAUUAACACGUGAUGUCAUGUCAUCUUCUGCUAAUUAUAUAACACCACAAAUGAACCUGGAGAAACCAGCCCCAGUGCUAGUGAUAGAAAAUCCCCAGUAAGUGGAAUAACUAAACCAGCUUCUAUAAUACAUACAAUAUAAUAAAAUUGCAGUGCAAAUCUUACACCAAAAAAGAAAGAUUGAAAUUCCCUGAAGGUCAUGUCAACUGAACUCAACUUGAUUUUUAAAAAAGAUACAUGUUUUAAUUAUAGUCAACAGGUACAAUAAUUAUGCAAAUAUAUUGGGUAGCUAUAAUAAUAAUGUGUAUAUAUAUAUAUAAGAAUGAAAUCUGUACAUAUUUCUAUAUAUGUUAAAUAUAUUACUACAGCAAAUAUUAUAUAUGUAUAAAACACCUUAAAUUUCAUCUCAUUUUUAUGCAUAUUACAAUAUCCACAUUUUUGCCAAAAUAUAUUCUUUUAGUGUACUAUAUUUUUGGUGUACGAGAAGUAGCUUUUUUACUAAAAAAAUAAAUAAAUAUUAACUUCCAACUUCUUUUAAGAAAAUCAGAAUUUCAUUGAUUUAUCCUUCUUUUUGAUGCAAUCACUGGUAGAGCUUUUACCACAAACACUCAGUCAAUUCUGAUGCAACAAGUUUUUGGAUACCUCCCCACCCCUCAAAAAAUGAACAAAAAAUGAACAUAGCUUAUGGGCUGUAUUGAUAAUUCAUUUUUCAAUCGGUCAGCUAAAGAUAUUGUGUUGUGUUUUCUUUUUUCUGGUUAAUUCUGUAUUUUAGGUUUAAUUACAUAUUUAAGUGCAUCUAUGAAUUGUUUGCUAAAAUAUUUUAUGUCAUGUAAGUAUCAAAUGUUAUUUAUUCAUUGUCUACAUAGUACAUAUAUGUAUGUGAAGUGCUAGUUGAUGUGUAAUAAUAAAAUUCAAUAUUAAGUGUGAUACAGUAUCUUAAUACCUAUUUAGUCAUUAUUUAAGUGUAUAUAUUAAUUAAAUUGUUAAUUAUUUAUAAUACUAUUUUAAUAAUAAUUAAAAAUUUUAUUAACAUAAUAGAUGUAUGCUUAAUGUUGGAAUAUUCUGACCAUUGGGACUGUGAAUAUGUAAAGGGUAUAUCUAAAUUACAAGCAGAAAAAUCUGAUAAUUUGAUGGGGCUUCUUUGUGUAUUUGUGUUUACUCUACAUACACUGAAAAUGAUGAAAUGAGAACUCUUUUAUUUUUCCCUGCAUUUCAAACAAAGCAGGGAAUUAUUAAAAUGGGUCCAUCUGUCUCUGCAUCACAUUUUUUGGAACACAAUAAUUGAGGUACAAUGUUCAAUCUUGGUGAUUCAAUUUGAUUGAUUUUGUGAUACUUUUGAACACACUGACUUUGAUUCUAAGUGAAUGCUGGAUUUGCAACGAAUAACUAUCAUCUAUUUAUUUGGAACUGGUGCCAAUGAUUUGAUUUUGCUGUACUUUAGAACAAAUCAGAUUAGACAUCAGAAAAAAUUGAGGUGUCAAGCGUAUUUGAAAGAAUUUUUCACAAAAGUAGAAGCUUUUUUAAUGUCAUAACUAGAUUACAUUUUUUUCUAAGUAAAGCUUGAAUCACCCUCUCAAUGUAUAACAUCAGAAAUAAUGUUCAACUUUCUCUGUGCCAGAUAUAUAUUGUUUUUGAUAUAUUAUUUAAAAUAUAAGUUAAUGUAUAUUAAGAGUAUCUUUUUAUGUAAAUAAAAAAUAUAUAUGACCUUGGUUGUACAGUUAUGUGAAAUACAGAUUUAUUUUAAAUGUAAAUAUAUAUAGUCAUAGUCAAACUCAACUUUUAUUGUACAGUGCACAUAUAAAAGCAAUCUAUUGUUGGUAAAUGUGUCAAAUAAAUUGUUUCAUAAACUUCU